AAUCAUAAAAAUAAUAAAAGCUGAGGCCAUUUCUAGCAUAAUCUCUAUCAGCAAGAUGCCAGCGCUUUUCCAGAUUUCCUAACGGGUCCCUGCUAAUUCCAUGCCAAAACUAGCACUGGAUUUCUUCCUUUUAAUCUCCCCUAAUGCCUUAUUCGAUUAUUGUCACUGCACUCCGACCAGGCACCGUCCCUUCAAACAGUAAUUCCACAACUGAAGCACUCAGAUGAGGCUGAACGGACGGUGGGGGAAUAUCAGAGACCAUACACACACACACACACACGGGGAAGAGGAGACCCAAGAAGGUGGGGCUACAAGGGAGUGGGGAGGUCAGCCCAAGUCCAUCUGCACUUGGCCACUAGUAAACCGGCAUUCAGGUUUACUACUGGGAGUAAGGACAAAGCAGAGGGGGAGGACCAAGUCAGGAAGGAAGAUGGGCUCCGAGACUUGCUCCAGUUGACCAGGUCGGCAUCAGGGUCUCGGGCAGCCCGCAGGCAUGGCUUGGUGGCUCUCUUGGAUAUGCCUCACUGCAUGCCUCGACCAGGUCCUGGCGAUGGACGCCACAGCCGACGAGGGCGACCUCUACGCAGAGAACAUCUCCCGAAUCCUGGACAAGCUCCUGGACGGCUAUGACAACCGGCUCCGACCUGGCUUUGGAGGCAGAGGCAGUCCAGGAGCGGUGACGGAAGUCAAGACAGACAUCUACGUGACCAGCUUUGGUCCUGUAUCAGACGUGGAAAUGGAAUAUACCAUGGAUGUUUUCUUUCGGCAAACAUGGAUUGAUGAGAGGUUGAAAUUUGGUGGACCCACUGAUAUUCUGAGAUUGAACAACUUGAUGGUCAGUAAAAUAUGGACACCAGACACCUUUUUUAGAAAUGGAAAGAAGUCAAUUGCUCACAAUAUGACGACACCUAACAAACUUUUCAGGAUAAUGCAGAAUGGCACCAUUCUCUACACAAUGAGACUUACCAUUAAUGCUGACUGUCCAAUGCGUCUGGUAAACUUCCCUAUGGACGGGCAUGCUUGUCCACUGAAGUUUGGGAGUUAUGCCUAUCCUAAAAGUGAGAUUAUUUACACCUGGAAAAAAGGACCGUUGUAUUCAGUGGAAAUACCACAAGAAUCUUCCAGUCUUCUCCAGUAUGACCUGAUAGGGCAAACAGUCUCUAGUGAAACAAUAAAAUCUAAUACAGGUGAAUACGUAAUAAUGACUGUUUAUUUCCACUUACAAAGGAAGAUGGGCUACUUCAUGAUACAGAUAUAUACUCCUUGCAUCAUGACAGUCAUCCUUUCACAGGUGUCUUUCUGGAUUAAUAAGGAGUCUGUUCCAGCUAGGACAGUUUUUGGGAUCACUACUGUCCUAACAAUGACCACGCUGAGCAUCAGCGCCCGCCACUCUUUGCCCAAGGUGUCUUAUGCUACUGCCAUGGAUUGGUUCAUUGCUGUGUGCUUUGCCUUUGUCUUCUCCGCACUUAUCGAGUUUGCAGCUGUCAACUACUUUACCAAUCUUCAGACUCAGAGAGCAAUGAGGAAGGCAGCCAGGGCAGCCGCACUAGCAGCCGCACUCUCAGCAGCUACCGUACCGGCGGAAGACGUGAUGGUCUCGCACUCUGACUCCAAUUGCAACCUGAAGAAACGAAUGAACUCUGUGACAUCUCAAACAGAUCAGUCCCCUGAAGCAAGCAUACUGUCAAAUAGUGCAUCUCAAGGCCAACCAACAUCUGUUUCUUCACCACCACCCCUGCCGCCGUCGACACCACCACCAUUAAUUGGAGGCACGAGUAAAAUAGACCAGUACUCCAGGAUCCUUUUCCCAGUGGCAUUUGCAGGAUUCAACCUAGUGUACUGGGUGGUUUACCUUUCAAAAGACACGAUGGAAUUUUUUGAACCUACUGCAAUGCAUCUUCGAAAUGACCAUCAACCCAACUGAUGAGUACAAACUCAGGUGUGACACGGGGCUGAAAGACUUGCUGAGCUGAGUGAUUAGUUGAAAGGGCAAUUGUGAAGUUGUAGUCACUGUGAAUGAUAAAUACGUCAGUGUUUCCAAGGCAUCUCCUGAAGACAUGAAACCUUGGCAUGUGAAAGGUGCAGUCCAUGUAAUGUAUGUACCCUGUGGAGGAUGAUUGCUAGAGCAGGUUCUUUUGUUGAUUCACUUCAUGUUCUAGCAAGUUUGCUACAUAGGUCAGGGCUGGGGGUUUGGAUUCAUUAUUAGUUUGUUCUGGCAGAUUUUUUGCCCCUUAAAAGUUCUGUCCUAGGCCAGGUACACAUUCAAGUAGUAUAGUAUAGUAUUAUGGCAGAGAUAUUAUGCUGCUACAAAUGUCAGGGUAUGAAAUUUACGAACAUUUCAAACAAGUAUACUUGUAGAUAAACUGAUAUACAACUCGAUCCUAUGAAUACUUACUCAGAUGUAUGUCCACUGAAUUCAGUGGGGCUUACUCCCUGGUAACUGUGCAUAGGAUUACAGCCUUAGUCUCAUUAAUUUAAAUGGGACAAAACUAAUUCUCACUUGAGCCAAUGUUGUAUUUAACUAUUUCAGGGAUUUAUGCACUUUGUAAUAAAAUCUACACCCAGCAAAACAGCCAUAAUCCUUUAAUAUCCUGUAUCCAUCCAUGAUUACUUGCAAUCAAGAAUGGCAUUUCUGUCCUUUCAUUUCAUGCAUUACUGGGAAUAAUCCAUGGUUAAUGAUUAACAGUGCUGAGUAUGAUUACUCUGAAAUAAGUGCCACUAUGUAUUAGGUUUUACUCCCAGGUAAAUGCGUCUAGAAUUGCACCCUAAAAGUAA